AUGGCUGCCGGGAAGUUGCUGCUCUACGCCGGGCUCGCUCUGUCUCUAUGCGCCCUGGGCAUGCUGGCAGUGGCGAUGUGCUCCGACCACUGGUACGAGACCGACGCAAGGCGCUACAAGGAGCGCUGCCAGAGUUUCUCGAGCCGCCGCAAGGACCCGGGCUUCAUCUACAUCCCCAACAACAGCCUGCCUCUGCGGGCCGGUCGGAGCGCCGCGACCCGCUGGGAGGAGAAGCUGCUCCUGGCCCGUAACCGGCGGCAGCUGUUCGCCAUGAGCGCCGCGGACGAGUGCAACAGGCAGUACAACUCCACCAACAUGGGGCUGUGGAGGAAAUGCCACCGGCUGGGGUUCGACCAGGGAAUCGAAGAUCUCAUCCGGAAAGGUUCUGUUGGGAGAUGCUCCUUCAUCAAGUACCACUACUCCUCGGGCACAAUACCCAAAAACCUCUCGUAUAACAUCACCAAGACAAUAAGGCAGGAUGAGUGGCACUCCCUCCAUUUACGUCGAAUGACGGCAGGGUUCAUGGGAAUGGCGGUGGCCAUCAUCUUGUUCGGCUGGAUCAUCGGCGUGCUGGGUUGCUGCUGGGACCGAGGACUCAUGCAGUAUGUGGCCGGCCUGCUGUUCCUGAUGGGAGGUACCUUCUGCAUCAUCUCCCUGUGCACCUGCGUCGCCGGUAUCAACUUUGAGCUCUCGCGCUACCCGCGCUACCUGUACGGCCUGCCCGACGACAUCGGCCACGGCUACGGCUGGUCCAUGUUCUGCGCGUGGGGAGGUCUGGGCCUCACCCUCAUCGCCGGAUUCUUCUGCACGCUGGCGCCCUCCGUGCAGCCGAUACCGAGAUCCACCUGCCCUAAAUCCCGACAGGAGAACGGCACCGUGUGCUAAACGCUUCCCCCCCCCCCGACGCAGAAAAAAUAACCAUUUGUCCAUCCAUCGACUGAUCGCCGCUCUCUCCUGGUUACUGUUUGUUUUGGGUUUUUUAUUUCUGUGUUUAAAAAAUGGGUGUUUGAAGAUCUGCCAUACUGAAAAAAAAUCGAGAUGAAAAAAAAUGACAGAAAUAUUAUCACAAAAUACCAAGUUGUGCGUGUUUAAUUGUUGUGGAGCUGCUACCGCGUCUGAAAAGGACUUAAAGAAGAAGUUCCCUGAACUGUGACUAUGGAGGGAAUCCAAUUCCCCAAAAUUCAAACAAAGCGAUGACUUGGACGUUUCUUCUGGGUUUGGCCUUUUGGGAUCUUUUGGGACCUGAUGGAAUAAACAAACGAGUGGUACUCAAACUGCCGAAGUUACCUUGGGAUUUAUGGACCUACGCCGUUGUAUCAUACUGUACAGAAUAUGCCAGGUGACAACCAGGACGUGUCAUUCCAUCAUCCCCCUUUAGGUGCAUACGACGAUAGCUACCAUUUUUUACAUCGAUUUCCUUUUUAACAAAGCCGUGAACAAACUGAGAAAAUGUGAGUUUUGUUCCCAUUCUAGUCAUUAGAAGUAAAUGUACGUAUGAAGUGUGUUUGUGUGUGUGUGAUUGGGGAGGGAGUGGUGUCAAAAUGAUCAUAAAGACAAAAUGGUGUUUGGAUGAUGGAGAGAUGCAGUAUCCUGUUUAACUGAUUCACGCCACGACUAAAAUGUUGAGUGGAAUGGUGGGGAAAUUUAAUUUUAAAACCUGGUGGGAAAAGUGGGAAUAUGAAAAGCACAAAAAAAAAGCAAUUAAAAAACACAAAGGCCCUCGAAAAUAUUUGGAACCAUGCGUACGCGGUUAGCAUUUUAACAUUAGCAUUUUGGUGAAGUCAUUUGGUAUAACACACAAGGACAUUGUACAAAAGGUGUGCCUGUCCAUUUUUGAGGUAUUUUUGAGACUGUUAAAAAAAACAAAAACACACAUUCCCCUUUCAACUUCAUCGGAUAACAAGGGUCACAUUUUCACGAAGCCCUGUUUAGCGGUUAGCAUUAUUUAGCACGUUUUAAAAGGGCAAAAAUGUUUUUUUCUUGCUGUUCUCUUUCAACGUCAUUACAAUCAGUCGUAAAAAUUUUACCGACAAAAGCAACCCUGAUUAGUGUGCCACGAAAAACCGGUGAGAAAAUGAUCGCAUUAGCCAAGACAUGAACUUCCUUAUUGUCAAUAUUGAUCAUAUUUGGCCACACCGAUUAAAACAAGUCAAUAUGGUUCAGUUACGAUGGAAUUUCAUAUAAAUCGCUAUGUUGGAAUAUUCUCAACUUUCAUUCGGGAUGGGGGGGGUGAUUUCUUGGAUCUGCGCCUGAGGCAACUGAGCAUGAAAUUACUUUAACCCCGAGUCGGACAUCAAGGGCUCAGGCCGUUUCAAAUUUUCAUCGACGGUGAAAAGGGGAUGGCAGUCAAUGUCAAUAGAUAAAAAAAUAAAUACAUACAUAAAUAAUGGUACAAGAAAAAAUACAAUAAAGCACAAAUUUAAGGGCCUUACGAAUGCAUCGUAAUUUACAUUUAUGUCACUUGUGCCGGCAAAUCGUACGUAAAUCAAAACGGGUCAAAUGCAGACCUUGCCAAAGAUAAAAUCUUCACACACAUUUCGAAGUGAUUGAGUCAUUUUUGAGAAGCACAUAGUCAGUUUGUUACGCAAUAGAAGGCCCUGAAUUUUAUUUUUUUGGACAGUGAUACUGCAACUCCCAUUCUGGACUGAAUCAAACAUGAUCUAUCAAUCUUUAACAUCAGUAACGUGUCUGUUGAGUGAACAUAAAAAUAAGAUUUGGGCAAAAAAAAAAAAAAAAAAGAGAAAAAAAGAGAGAAAAUGUUCAACUGUGGAA